GGGAGCCGGGGGAAAACCGGGGGGCGCCAGGGGUUGUGAGCGGGUGAGGGAAAACCCGGGGGGCACCGCGGGUUGUGAGGGGCGGAGGGACCGGCGGAAGGGUCGCCGGCUUGGAGCCGGCGCAUCCCGAGGGCAGCGGCGGUUUCAGCUGUCGCCCCCCGGGCCGGUCUCGCCGCCAGGCUCGGCGCCGCCAUGUGCUCGCUGGGGCUGUUCCCGCCGCCGCCUCCGCCUGGGGAUGUCACCCUGUACGAGCUCAACAACGCGCUGGUCUGCGGCCGCCUCAGCGAGCAGCUCCCGCUGGCCUUCCAGAGCCAGGUUCCCGACCUGCCCGUGCUGAGCCUGCCCAAGGAGCCUCUCAAGGCCCACGGCCGCCUGGAGCCCAGCGCCCGCCCGCCCUUCAUCCACCACCGCGAGUCGCUCUGGAAGCGCUGCCUGAGCGCCUGGCGCGACGCCGGGCUCUGCGGGCUGCUCAGGGAGCUGGCCGGCGCCGAGGAGGAGGGGCUGCGGUGGCUGCGGACGGGCUCGAGCCACGCGCUGGCCGUGUGCCGCUGGCUGUCCUCGCUGCACGGCUCCCUGUUCCCUCACCUGUCCCUGACCAGUGAGGACAUGAUUGCAGCCUUCUCCCAGGCCGUGGACUGGGCUGGCUGCACCGUCCGGGCCUUCGCCUGGCACCCUCACACCAACAAAUUCGCUGUGGCUCUUCUGGACGAUUCCAUCCGUGUCUACAACUCCAGCAGUGCCACCGUGCCCUCGCUGAAGCACCGCCUGCAGAGGAACGUGGCCGCCAUGGCCUGGAAGCCGCUCUGUGCCUCCAUCCUGGCCGUGGCCUGCCAGAGCUGUGUCCUCGUGUGGCACCUGGACCCCACCUCCCUCUCCACCAGGCCCUCGUCGGGCUGUGCCCAGGUGCUGUCCUGCCCCGGGCACAGCCCUGUCACCAGCCUGGCCUGGGCGCCCAGCGGGGAGCGGCUGCUCUCGGCGUCACCGGUGGACACGGCCAUGCUGGUGUGGGACGUGUCCACCGAGACCUGUGUCCAGCUGCAGUGGUUUGGGGGUGGCGGUGUCACCUACUUGGCGUGGUCCCCCGACGGCAGCAAGGUGCUGGCAGCCACCCCCUCGGCCGUGUUCCGGGUGUGGGAGGCCCAGAUGUGGACCUGUGAGCGCUGGCCCACGAUCAGGGGACGCUGCCAGACAGGGUGCUGGAGCCCCGAUGGCAGCCGGCUGCUCUUCACCGUGCUGGGUGAAUCUGUCAUCUACUCCUUGUCCUUCUCCGAGUACCGGGGGGAGAUGCAGGGGCAGGUGGGAGGCUCCAAGACGGCCUCGAUCGUGGCAGACCUGUCCGAGACCACCUUCGAGACCCUCUACGGGGAGGAGAGGAUCGGAGGAGAGGUUCAUUCCAUGGUGUGGGACCCCACCGGGGAGAGGCUGGCGGUGAUCAUCAGAGGACACCCCGAGUGUGCGGGCAGCCAGCCGGCCGUCGCCGUGUUCCGCACCCGCAACAGCCCCGUCUUCGAGCUCCUGCCCUGCGGCUUCGUGCGGGGUGAGCGCGGUGCCCAGCCCCAGCUCAUCUCCUUCCACCCCUGCUUCCCUCAGGGCGCCCUCCUGACCGUGUGCUGGUCCUCGGGGAGGAUCUCCCACAUCCCCUUCUUCUUCGUCAGCGCCCUGGAGCCCCGCGGCAGCCCCCGCCGCAGCCCCGCGCCCGUGCUGGGCAGCGUCCGCGAGCAGCCGCUCUUCUCCGAGCUCUGAGACCCCCCCGGGGCCCCCUCGGACACCCCAGGGCCUCCUCUCCCUCCGGGAGCCCCCCCACCUGCUCAGGGUCUGCCAGUGCUGAUCCUGCCCCGAUUAAAGGUGGAUUUUCCUUC